AUGGGUGAAGACAACGUUGUGGCAGAAGAUGAUGAGUUUAGUGUCAGAAUAGAAUUUGAUUCGAGAGAGUUGGUGAUAUCUGCAAUCAAAAGCUACACUAUCUCUAGAGGAGUUGAUUACACUGUGUAUGAGUCUAAGCCGCAGACAUUCUAUGUGAAAUGCAAGGGUUAUGGUGCAGGUUAUGAUUGGCUUAUCCGAGCUAGCUUGAUUCGAAAGAAAGCUUGUUGGGAGAUCAGAAGAUACAAUGACAAACACACGUGCACCAUGGGCACGAUUUCGCAAGAUCAUGUCAAGUUGGACUCAGACACAAUUGCAGAGGCUAUUAGGCCGUUAUUCGAAGCAAACCCGUCGAUAAAGUUGAAGUGUAUUAUUGCAGAAGUUCAAUUCAGGUUCAACUUCACUGUAAGUUACCGCAAGGCUUGGUUGGCAAAACAAAAAUCUGUCGCAAAAAUUUUUGGUGAUUGGGAAAUUUCUUACCAGACUCUGCCAGUAUGGUUAAAAGCAAUGACUGUGAAGAUGUCAAGGUCUCGUGCGCAAAUUAAAACGCUCCCCUUUUACCGUGAAAGUGAGAAGGUUCAAGGUGUAAGAGUACUGCACCACAUUUUUUGGAGCUUCUAUCCAUGUAUUGCAGCAUUUAGACACUGCAAGCUACUGGUGCAGGUUGAUGGUAUGCACCUAUGGGACCAAAACAUUGUCCCCAUUGCAUUUGCCAUAGUCGAGGGUGAGACGGCAGACGCGUGGGAGUUUUUCCUAACCAAUUUGCGGAGAUAUGUUGUUACCAAUGAUGGUGUGGGCAUUAUUUUUGACUGCCAUACCUUCAUCGAUGCUGUAGUAGCUCACAGUAACGGUGCAUGGUCACCACCAAGAGCGUGGCACAUGUACUGCAUCAGGGACAUCGGGUCCAACUUCUUAAGGAGGUUCAAGGCUCCAUAUUUGCAUAAACUAGUUGUUAACAUAGGAUAUUCUAGGACGGAACAGGAGUACAACAAAAACUACCAGAGGCUUAAAGAGUGGGGUUAG